GGGUGAAGUGCUGCCGCGACGGGGCGGGCGGACUCGCGGGCGCUCAGAGCCGGCCUCGGGUCCUCGGCGCUAGGCGCUCGAACCCUCAUCCCGACCCCCAUCCGGCCGGGGACCCCGACCCCGACCCGGCCCGGCCCGGCCCCCGACCCCGACCCCCGGGCCGAUGGACUACUCCUACCUCAAUUCGUACGACUCGUGCGUGGCGGCCAUGGAGGCGUCCGCCUACGGCGACUUCGGCGCCUGCAGCCAGCCCGGCGGCUUCCAAUACAGCCCCCUGCGACCCGCCUUUCCCGCGGCUGGUCCGCCCUGCCCCGCGCUCGGCUCCUCCAACUGCGCGCUCGGCGCUCUACGGGACCACCAGCCCGCGCCUUACUCGGCAGUGCCCUACAAGUUCUUCCCGGAGCCGUCGGGCCUGCACGAGAAGCGCAAGCAGCGGCGCAUCCGCACCACGUUCACCAGCGCGCAGCUCAAGGAGCUGGAGCGCGUCUUCGCAGAGACUCACUACCCCGACAUUUACACGCGCGAGGAGCUGGCGCUCAAGAUCGACCUCACUGAGGCUCGCGUGCAGGUCUGGUUCCAGAACCGCCGGGCCAAGUUCCGCAAACAGGAGCGUGCGGCCAGCGCCAAGGGUGCGGCGGGCGCGGCGGGCGCCAAAAAGGGCGAGGCGCGCUGUUCGUCCGAGGACGACGACUCCAAGGAGUCCACGUGCAGCCCCACGCCCGACAGCACCGCGUCGCUGCCGCCGCCGCCCGCCCCCGGCCUGGCCAGCCCGCGUCUGAGCCCCAGCCCGCUGCCUGCUGCCCUGGGCUCCGGGCCCGGCCCUGGCCCCGGGCCACAGCCGCUCAAGGGUCCAUUGUGGGCCGGCGUGGCGGGCGGCGGGGGCGGGGGGCCGGGCGCAGGCGCGGCGGAGCUGCUUAAGGCCUGGCAGCCUACGGAGCCCGGGCCCGGGCCCUUCUCCGGGGUUCUGUCCUCCUUCCACCGGAAGCCUGGCCCAGCCCUGAAGACCAAUCUCUUCUAGCCUCCGGACUCUGGAGGCUCCGGGCCUGCCCCGGAGAGAGCCCCUGCCCCUCCAGGACCUGACAGAGUCCCUCCCCAUUUGAGCGCCCGCCUGGAAGUGCCCAGCUGUCCCCACCCCCUACCGUGUCUGACCCCUAGGUGUGUGCCCUCCCCAGCUCUGGAGACCAAGUCAGGGUCUCUCGUCCUCACCUUCCCCACCCAGCAGAACAGGGUGCUUUUCACUGGGAUUCCCCCACCCCCACCCCUAUCCCUUCCAGCUUGGCUUUCUUUGGAAACGGGAUCAAAUAACUGUGCUGGAACCUGAGGGUCCUCAAGUAGAGUAACAGCCUGGCUCCCUCCCCUGGCUCUGCAGCCGGCUGGGUCACUCCUCACCUAAGCGACCAGCCUGCUGCCCCAGCCCCCUGGUCCACCCGCACUAAUCGUGGUUGGGAUAAUCAGCUGCCAGAAGGGUCCCACUGCCAAUUCAUCCCCUCCCAUUCCCAACCAGUCUGGCGCAGAGGUAGGCCUGUUUAGAGCAGGGGGACUGGCUGCCGGGCAUCAGGACAGAGGGGU